AUGUCUUCUUUAGGGUCUGGUCCCUGGCAGGAUUUAUUUCUGUGUCAAGGAAGAUUACAGCUAAUAGGAUUUGUUCCUUGGAGGCUGUGGGCAUGUUUGGUGCAAACCCUGCACAGUGCUUUCUUAAAGGAGAAUAUGGACCCUUUUCUUCACAUCCUUCUUCUUCUGUCCUUUCUCAAGAUAAACUCAUCGCUAUCGUCUUGCGUCACAGGAUGCUCUUGUUCUGCAGACAGUUUUGGAAGGAGUUUACUUUGCAUGUCUGCGCUGCUGACAAAGAUCCCUGAAAAUAUCCCUCAAGACAUCAGAAAAAUUAGGAUAGAAAACUCUCACCUAACAGAAUUGCCUCGCGGUUCAUUUUCAAAUGUCAGUGCCUUGGAGUACCUUUGGCUCAAUUUUAACAACAUCACGGUUAUGCACCUGAAGAGCCUAGAAGAUCUGCAGGCCUUGAAGGAGCUGCGGUUGCAAGGGAACAAAUUAAGCUCAGUGCCAUGGACAGCAUUUCAAGACACCCCGGCUCUGAAAAUCCUGGAUCUAAAGCACAACCGGCUGGAUGUCCUUCCUGAACAUGCGCUCAGGUAUCUGCCCAACCUGACCUAUUUAGAUCUAUCAUCAAAUCAGCUUACUGUUAUUUCCAGGGAUGUCUUCUCCAGCUGGCCGGUCUACCAGAGGAGCCAGCGGGCAGAAGGGAGCCUGGACCAUACUGCCAAUGCUGUCCUGGCCCUUCACGGCAACCCGUGGAUUUGUGACUGUCGCCUGAGGGGAUUUGUCCAGUUUAUCAAAUCCGUUGGUCCACCUAUUAUUCUGAUGAAUUCUUACUUAACUUGUUCAAGUCCAAAAUUCAGGGAGGGCAAGUUUUUCCAUGAAGUGGAACUCAACAGCUGCAUGAAGCCACUCACCUCAGCCCUUGACACCAACCUGACAGUCCCAGUGGGUCUGAACGUCACCUUGACCUGCUACGUGCAAGCCAGCCCUUCCCCAGCCGUCUGGUGGACCUAUGCACACAAACUUCUAAGGGCAUUUAAUGGGAGGGAGGAGGGGCUCUGCCGCCCCGGCUCCGGCAAGCGGCCCCGAGAGGAGACCGAGCGCCCUGGCAAGGCCCGGCCGGGCGCCAGGAACAGCGCUGACCUCUACUAG